AGAAGUGCUGCCGACGUUCUUACAACCUUGAGUUAUAAUUUAAAAACAGAAAUUCGAAAACACCAAAAAAUGCCGCUCGCCUCGACCGCCUUCGUGAAUCCGGAGCUCGCGGACUUCAUUUCCAACCACAAUGCCAAAGGCUUCGUCGACAGUAUUCUUGUCCCCACCGCGAAUGAUGCGAGAACCGGUGUCAGUGCGCAGUUCGCAAAGAGCACUGAGGUGCACGUCGAAGACAUGAAAAAACAGCAAACGACCGAGCAAGUGGGCGGAGGUAGCGGUGACUUCUCCACAAGACCCCCAUCGCAGCGACCAAACAUGGAGUCUUCCGCUGUGAUGUUAAAUGAGAACACUGCUUCUCCCAAUCCGACCGUGAUGGAGAAGAAGUGCAACUUGCGCCGGCGGGCGGCGAACAGCAGCGUGAAAAAGUUUUCAAAACUCGGCUACAGCGGAUUGAACCCGGACAACGAGUUGUGGGUGUGGAGACCGAGGAAAAAAUUGUCUCCGGAGGAGUAUCAAAUGCAAAAAUGUCUGGGUCUGGGAGAUUCCGAGACUUGUCAUGCUAGUCUAGCAUGACUCUGAGCUCUGUAUUGCGCGGUCGCGAAGAGCCGCUACUCCCUGUCAUGCAACGACGCAGCUUCUCAUGCAGAAUACGCAACUCAGAACCAUGCAAAAAACUUGUCAUGUUUGGCAGCGCAUUACAGUGAGCUCACUAUUCCCUUCCCUGCAUCACAAAUUUCCAGACCCAGACGUAUUUGCAUUUGAUAAGAAGAAUUUGAUGACCAAUCCGGGGCUGUGGAAGCGCGGAAUCUUGGUAUGAAAUGCAAAUAUGUCCGGGUCUGGAAGAAAGCAACUUGUCAUGCUAAGUCUGGAAUCGUGCAAAAACCUGUGUUGCGUGCUUACCAAAAGCUAUCCAUCUUUGCCCAAGUUGAGAGGCAGUCUCUCAUGCAGGAGAGGCAUGAUAGAGAUCCCACAGAAUCUGUCAUGCUAGGCUCUGUAUGCCAGACCUCACGGGUCAUGGAAAACCUGCAUGACAAACCCUCCACUCUUCCAGACCCAGACAUAUUUGCAAUGCAUACUUGGUGCACUCCGACGACUGCGGCGAUGGGGACGACCAGUGUCUCGGGGUUCGGUGGCGCGACGGUGCAAAUGACAGGGUGUUUACGACGCCGAGAUGGAUUUUGGACAAGAAAACGGAUCCGCGGGAAUUUGGGAGAUUGGAGUUUGAAGAGGACGGGAGUACUAUUGGGGGUUUCAAGGGCAACAACGACGACAUAGGAGCGUCGAAGAAAGACGCGAAACAGGAUGCAGCUGUUCCUCCUGCGGCAGAUGGAGAUGGCGCAGAAGGAGCAGCUCCACCUCCUGCUAAUAAGGAGCCAAAUGACAUCCGCGAUUUUGCGGAGAAUCUGGCCGACGUGAUUGGGUCGAAAUUUAAGAAGAUUUUCGGUUUCGACGCGAAAAACGACGAUCCUCUGCCGAAGAAGGAAUUAAUCGAGAAACUUCGCGAGGGGAUUUUGGAAACCGCCUGUCAUCGGUUUUUCGCGGUCAGCAAGGGAGAGUACGCGAAGAAGCACGACAAUCUUACCACGAGAGACGCGUACCACGAAUUGCGGAAGUUCGGGCUGCGGAUUCACAAGGCGGAGACACACAAGGAAAACGCGAACAAAGCGUCAUCGAUCACAGAUGCUCCGAGUCGGCGGUUCCAGCGUUUCCGAAUCGGCGAAAACCAGCACUACGAGGAAAGUGAGAAAUCCAAGGAAGCGGACCGCAUCCCGGAAGAUUUGCCGCCGGAAGGGAUCACCAGGGAUUUUUGCAUGGAGCCAGAAGGAGGAACAGCAGCAGCAGCAGCGGGAAAUAAAAAAGCUUCUUCCGCAUCCGCGGCAGAAGGUGGAUCACCAGCAUCAAAUAAAGCGGCGAAAAUGGUGAUGAAAACUAGAUCACAGCUACUCGCCGACGCGAAAGACAAAAUCGAUAUUGGCUACCCGAAAACCGUAAAGCGUGGCUACGACUUCAGCACCUGCGACCUGGACCCGGCCGGCGAAGCGGUUCCGCGAAACCACGCCCCGCCUGCUUUUCGCUUCUUGUCCCCAGAAGACAAGGAGACGGACACCUUCAGCCCGGAGCUGUUAUGCAUUGCAAAAAUUAUACGAUAAUCGUAUUCGUACUUGUAUAAAUGCAUUACAAAUUUCCUUGGCAUGAGAAAUAAAAUUUGUAAUGCGGAUUUGACUUAACAAGAAAAUGUGUAAUGCAUGAUUGCUAUACGAGUGCGAUACUUUUGCACAGGAUAGCUGUACAAGCGGUACCAGAAGCUCUUCACCGACGAGCCACAGUGCUUCUUUGAAGAUUCCCCCGCGGACUGCUUCCUUUCUUCGAACCAAAAGGGGGAAAAGAAGACGUUGCUCGACGAGUUGAUGAAGGAUGGAGAGGAUCUGGGAAAGAAGGAUGGGGAGAAGAACAAAAACCUGGCUUUUCUUUACGACGUAAAGUCCAAUCAGUAUGCGGUGUGCGGCGCGACCGGAUUGCAGCCGAGUGUGAAAAAAGGGCCGCUGCACUGCAUGAAGUUGCCGAUUACCAAGUAUCCAAUCGUGCCCAUGCUCACGAUAUGCGAGUGAAGACAAAAUUUUGUAAGCUAGCACGGCAAAUCAAAAUCGGGAACAGGCACUGGGGCUUUUAUUUCCAGACUUGUGAUGAAAAUUGACACCAGACCUAAAACUUGUAUGAAGCUCUUUGUCCGACAGGAGUAUUAGACACGGGUUGCUUUUUUUUGACACGUACUGUUUUAGCUUAUUUUCUGUGAUAGCAUACAAAAUGCAAAUUUUGCUCUUCAUACGCCACCAAAGUGAAGGGUCAGGGGGGCGUAAACACGACCUUCCCCCUUAAAGAACUGAUCUUCCCCUACACGGAGAAAUGCGAAACUUCUUGCCGGCCGAAGAUCCGCCCGGACAAAAUGGGGAUCUGUUUCCUGCCGUAUCAAGUGCAAAAGUGUCUGGGUCUGGGAGAUUCCGAAAUUUGUCAUGCAGCUUUUCCAAGCUCCCCCACGUCUGGAAUGCAGGGCCUAGCAUCACAGGUUCUGCAGCCCCUUGGUGAUGCGUAUUCUGCAUGAGAAAUGCCCUCUCAGCAUGGCCAGAAGUGGGCACCUUUUGCACGUUAUGCAUCACAGAUCUUUGUAGGAUCCGAAAUACGCAUCACAAAUUCGGAUCCUUCCAGACCCAGACAUUUUUACAUUUGAUAUGCCGGAUUUAGCGACAAAACCGAAAGGAGAAGAAUCCACCGAGCGCGUGUUUUGCCGGGAGGCGGACGAUGUGCUGCUCGUCCCCGAGCGCGAUCGAAAACUAGUGGUCGGAUCGCAGGUGGAAGUGCUGGACAAAUCCCGCGGGGGAAAGGGUGUGUGGCUGUUGGGGAAGGUCGCGAAGUUUUUGUUCCCGCCCAAGGAUGAUACCGACGAUUUGUCCGGGUUGGGAAAUUUUGAGGACACGGGGGGUAGCCAAGUUGCAGCGGAGGCGCAAGACCCGAGAACGUCGUUUGAGAAGGAGCCGUGUCCGCGGAAGACCGGGUGUGCGCAAAUCGAUUUUCUGCAGCCGGAUGGAAGUUUGAAUCGGAAGUUGAAUGUGCAGGGGGUAAACAGAAUCUAUCCGGUGGAUUUCGGGAAACGCAUGCGGUUUCCGAAGGAACGGGCGGGGACGGCGUUGUGAACGGGAGGACAUAAAUCUUAAAUAAUCAUCUGCUGUGUGUUUGGCUAAAUGCACGCCGCGACUUCCGUCGACCCUGCAUGCUCGGUUCUACUUCGAAGAAGAAAGAAGAAGAUUCUUCAUCAACAUGGUUUCUUUUCACACCAAACGAGCAUGAUAAUUGUGGUGACUGUAAUCCGGUCUACUACCUGCAUUGUGCAAAACGAGCUGCUGU